AUGUUGCGUAACGUUGCGAGAAGAAGCGAAGUAAUAAGACGAACGUUUAUGACUUCUAACGUGAAUCUGGAGAAACCUGUGUUGUUUCACAUUCGAGACACGGCGCGUGUGGUGACUUUGAACCGGCCAAAGAAGCUGAAUGCUCUAAAUGAGGAGAUGUGUGAGUCUAUGUUUAGUACUUUGAAUGAGUAUGCCAAGAGCGAUUGUGCACAAUUGGUGGUUUUGAAAUCUGCGAACCAGCCUAGAUCAUUUUGUGCUGGCGGUGACGUUUCUGCGGUUGCCGAGAGCAACGUUAAUGGGCGGGCAGCGGAUUCGGCGAGGUUGUUCACCGCUGAGUAUUCGCUCAACUUCCAAAUGGCAACGUAUCAGAAGCCUAUCGUGGCGUUCAUGGAUGGGAUCACGAUGGGUGGCGGGGUCGGGCUGUCUAUACAUACCCCAUUCAGGGUCGCGACCGAACAUACGAAGUGGGCUAUGCCCGAGAUGGACAUCGGUCUGUUUCCAGACGUUGGAACCACCUUUGCGCUACCCAGAGUGAUAACUUUGGCCAAUACGAGUGGCCAAAUGGCGCUGUAUCUGGCUCUGACGGGCGAUGUGAUCAGUGGUGAAGAUGCCUAUAUGCUGGGGUUGGCGUCACAUUAUGCCAAACACGAGAACUUGGACGAGCUGGAGACGAGAUUGGCGGAGCUGAAAGCUAUCGAAAAUACAAGCGCAUCGGACGAAUCGUUCUUUUCCAUGGUCAACAACGCGGUUGAGGAAUAUUCCAGUCAGUUGCCCAAAGACUACCGGUUCAGGUUUUCCAACGACCAGUUGAAUGUGAUCGAACGCUGCUUCGAUAUUGCACAGACCAAUUCGAUUAAGCAUCUCUUGCAAAAACUUGAUGAGGUGAUCGCCAGUACUACGGAUGUGAGUCGCGAAGCAAAACAAUUUGCUGUCGAGAUCAAGACAAAACUCUUGCAGAAAUCUCCAACCUCUUUGUCGGUAGCUCUCCGCUUAUUGCAGGAAAAUUCCAAAGAAAACAUCGAGUCUUCGCUGAAAAGGGACCUGUACACGGCAACGAACUUCUGUGUCGCGGCGGAAGAUAAGGAUUCACCCGUCGAGUUCUCACAGGCCGCCAUCCACAAACUGAUUAGAAAGCAAAAGACUCCUUACGCUUGGAGACAAUCAAUUGACGACAUCACUCCCUCGAAAAUCACAGCCUUGGUCUCUCCUAGGCCCUCUAUGCCUGUGUCGCUAUGGAGAAAUCUCGCCAAUGUCACUUGGAAACAAUAUCCGCAUCACUUGAAAUUUCAGUUGCCCACGGAAACUGCCAUAAGGAACUACAUUUUGGGCCAGGACGGCCAGAAUGACGCUCUCUCCAUCACAAGAAAUGAGGUAAUCUCACAUUUCACUAAUUUCGACAGGGCCUACAGGGGCAAGAUCGCGGUGGACAGACUGUGUGAAAUGGUCAUCGAGAGAAAGUGCACGGUAGAUGAUGCUGGCAUAAUCACUUGGAACCAAUAA